CCACAUCUACUAUCAGGGGACCGUGGAACAUCGUUAUACAGACCACACCGCCUCAGCCAAAAAUCCGUUUCCGGAUCGCAUCGACCAGCCCGCACAGCAACACAUUCCCUGAAUGAGCAACCACUAAGGCUACCCCUAUCUUUUUGGCCAAGCGCCGAAACGAAUCAUCAUGUCGACGUUGAACGUCUCGAUCCCGGACACAUCCCCUCUCAUCCAAUACUACCCUUACUACGAUGGAUCCCCUCAAUCUGGCUGGAACUCGUCUUACAUUCGUCAAGGACGUCAUCGCCGACGGUACACCCUUCCACCGGACGUCUUUCCCCGGAUCUUUGGCUACAUUGACAUUCGAAGGGACCGACGUCUGGGUCUGGGGACAAGGAGAGAUGAGCAACUAUAUCGUCCUAUGUGACGACGUCCAGCAAGACCCGGUCCCCGGUUACCAGGGUGAAAACUUGCUGGGUUCAUGCUUGGGUCUCGGAGAGGGAACCCACGUCGUCCAGUUGAAGAUGACGGGAAACCAGACUGCGGAUAGCGAUCUGAACGGGUUGGACUUUUACGGGAUGACCUUGACGGCACAGAUUGAUUCGGAUUACUCGACGGUAUCGAACACGACCGUCCAGCUGGUCGAUCCUACAACCCGAUGGAUCAACCCGGAUUUCAACGAGACGAGGGGGGAAUGGUUCACCUCGUCUUCGUUUGGCGGGGGAGACAACACCACGCAAUACACCUACAACCGCCUUACUUCCCGGACGAUCGGCUCGACGCUAGACUACGUGAUACCUAUGAAUACCCGGUUCUUUUACGCUUACGGUUCCAUUUCUUGGGAUCAUCGACAAUUCUCAGUCCAGCUCGAUGGUGGAGACCAGGUGGAGUACGUACCUCCUACGGCGUGGAGCAGCGUGGAUCAGCUUUUGUACUAUACCCCGCUGGACCCGUCGACACCGCAUAAUAUCACUUUCCAAAACCUAGGAUCGGGGACGCUGUGGGAGUUCGACCUGCAUCACAUCGUCCUCUCGUCGCUGAACCACGAUGGCAGCAAGCAAAGCGCGGGUUCCAAGUCGAAGACGGGCAUGAUCGUCGGCAUCGUCAUGGGUAUCGUCAUCCUAGCCGGGCUGAUAGCUGGGUGGCUUUACCAAAGACGCCGUAGAAACAACACAUCUCGUCCAACAACACCAUCAAUGACCCUUUGGGAGCGCCUACAAGCCGUCUUUCGGCAGACUCCUUCCAAGCGGCAUGAAGAUCACCGUGUGGUCGACUUGUUACAGACCGAGUCGCACAUCGAUUCCACGAGGAGCCGGAGAAGCGUCGAGUCCAGCUGGCAAGCUCCCACACCUUACCCGCCGGUGCCCAGUACGACUUCUCGUCGACCCGCUACCCAGCCAGAUCACACCUCAUCCCAUGGCCGGUCGACAUCGAUCGAUUACGGCAAUAAACCUGACCAGGAUCCCUUUGCCGAUCCUGGCCUUCAUCAGCGGACCGCACCUCCUACAGUGGACGAGAUGCGCUCGCUAUGGUUACCCGAUGACGAUGCCUCGACGGUUGCCUAUACCGACAUCGGGGCCUACGGUUCCGAGAUCAACGACCGCGACACGGACCACGGACACGACACAAAACGCACGCUAUCGAGACUAUCGACCGGAUCUUUCGAUGUCGAGAUGACGGCGCAGGCAGAGGACGCUGGACGUCUCAUGGCUGCCGAUGAUAUGCGCGAGGUGGUGCCUCCGCGAUACGAUCCGGCUUGGAGAGACGCUCGCCAAUGACCAAAAAAGAGUUGAAAACAACGUUCAUACUUUGUACAAUUAUACAACACAGGAAUAGAUACCCUUACAUG